AUGGACACUGUGGUGCUUAAGAAGAGGGGCUACAGCCUCGGGGACGCUCUUGGAGAAGGCUCCUAUGGAAAAGUGAAAGCCGCCUACAGCCACCGCCUGAAGCGCAGAGUGGCCAUCAAGAUCAUCGACAAGAAGAAAAUUUCUCCGAACGUCCUGGAAAAGUUUCUCCCCAGGGAGAUGGAGGCUUUGAUGCGACUGCACCACCCCUCGAUCAUCGAGACCUACGAGAUUUUUGAGACGUCCUCUGGGAAGGUGUACAUCGUGAUGGAGCUGGGGGAGAAGGGCAGCCUCCUGAGCUACCUCACCAGCCAGGGGGCCAUGGAGGAGAGCGUGGCUCGCAGCAAGUUCCAGCAGUUGGCUUCUGCCAUCAAGCAUUGCCACGACCUGGACUUUGCCCACAGGGACCUGAAAUGCGACAACAUCCUUCUCGACAACGAUCUCAACUUCAAGCUGUCGGACUUUGGCUUUUCAAAAGCCCUGGCUCGGGAUGAAAAUGGAAAGACCGUUCUCAGCAGCACCUUCUGUGGGUCUCUGGCAUACUCAGCCCCCGAGCUGCUCGAGCACGUUCCUUGUGACCCCAGGAUUUCGGACAUGUGGAGCCUGGGCAUUAUCCUGUACGCAAUGGUUUUUGCUUCACAGCCAUUCGAUACUUCCAACGUCAAGGAAAUGCUCCAGGUUCAGAAACAACAGAAGAUCCCCUUACUCAAGUCAAAGCAUCUCUCUGCGGAAUGCAAGAACCUCAUCAUCCACUUGCUCCACCCUGACGUGUCUCAGAGGCUCUGCAUAGACGAUGUUUUGAGACACCCCUGGCUGCAGCCCCCAAAGCUCACGCACAGCCUGCGAGCUUCAGGAGGGGGUGACCCCAAAGCCAACGGCAAGAGAAGCCCAAAGAAAAACACGAUAUCAAAUCCCAUUGUGCGUAAGUGUAAGGAGUGGAGGAGGAGAUCAGAUUCCCUUAAGGAUACUUUCCUUUAG